AUGUCACCUCUUUUCUUGCUCGUGUUGGCUGUAAUGUCUUUUGGCUAUUCAAAAGCAGCCGAAGGGACCGAGCUGACACCAGUCGUUAAUCGUCACUUGCGGUCUGCGUCCUCAAAGCUCGAUUGGCGUGAUGAAAUGCUGAAAAAAGUCAACCAAGUACGUGCUGAUCACGGAGUGAGACCGUUGUGCAUGAAUAUAAAAUUGCAGAAUGCAGCCCAGGUCCACUCUACUGACAUGGCUGUCCAUAACCUCAUGAGUCACACUGGCACGGACGGUUCGCAGCCGCAGAAACGGAUUCAUGCGGAACAUUACGUUGAGUCUACACAAGCUGAAAAUGUGGCGUCAGGCCAAAAGUCGAUUGACGCAGUGAUGGCUUCAUGGAUGAACUCUCCCAAGCACCGGGCAAAUAUUCUGUCCCCCCGCUUUACCAUGUUUGGGUGUGGCUUUGAUGACAAAGAUAAGUCCAAAUUCCCGUCCUAUUGGACGCAGGUCUUUGCAGCUAGCAAAUCGGAGAAGUGCUCGUAA